ACCAUUCCGCUUUUGUUUUAUAGUAAACAUCUAUACGCUUUGCACUCCAGUAUCUACACGACCGUGAUGAACCGGAGAAGGUCAUGACAUGUUUGUGUCUCCAUCUGCUCAGCCGAGCUGCCCACGUCAGUUUACCAACUUACCUACCCCAUAGAAUAUCUGCCGCUGCUACGAGAGUGGAGUAGAAUGGACAUGGACAAUCGAACUCGGGUUCUAGGUGUGUGUUCUUUGUUACCUUGGUGAACAAGGCAUGGAGAAGCACCAACCAUUGUCUGGUUCAUUGUGCGCGAGCAACUUCUUUGUUAGUUUAAUAGCCCUCCAUCUCAAUUGUCUUCAUCGUCCACGUUCCGUCGCCACCGUGUCUGGUAUUUUAAGCGAUGAAAUCCCCUGAUCAACUUCAACCAUGAGCUCGCCCUCUUCUCCGUUAUCAGUUCAACUGUUCAAGCGUCCCGACGAUUUACCACAAGCAUUCUAGUUUAUCGUCACGGGACAGCAUUUCAAGAUGCCCACCACUCAGAAGGGCCAGGCACUCUCCAAGCUUCCCUCCAGAACCGGAGACGGAAAAAGGACCACCAGGAAGUCCAACACCUCCCUCGAGGUCCCGACUCCCAACCACAAGGAAACGCAGGAGUUCCCAGCUCUCCUCGGCGAGUGGGAGCGCCUCGCGGUGCAGGUGAGGACCAAGUACUGGGGGUCCCGCGACGCCCCGUACUGGGGCCCGGCGAGCUCGUACAACCAGGCCAAAGCCAAGCUCGAGGAGGUGAGCAGGAGGGCGCUCACGCCCCAGCUACUGGGCGGAGUCGCCCGCAAGCUUGGGGCGCUGCACAUCAGGAUCCUGCCCGCCUUCAAUGACAUGCUCGAGAGGAACGGCCCAGGGCCGGCGGAGCUCCGCGCCAUCCCCGACGACGACAAGACCAAGCACAACGACAGCCGCGUGCUCUGGUGGAUGCUCGAGGCGUGCGCCGAGCACCUCGGCCUCGACGGCCGGCUCCGCGACGGCGUCCCGCUCACGACGGCGCUGGCGUGCGCGCUCAUCAGGGGCGUCGAGAUGGUGGAGCGCAUGUCGCCCGCCGAGGGCCAGCCGCCCCAGGCCUACGUCGCGGCCGUCAUCGUGCUCGUCAAGUUCCUCCACAACUUCCUCGAGACCAUCGCGACCGUCACCUGCGAGGCCGACGCGGUCGCCGUCGCGGGCUUCGUCGAGACAUGGGCCAAGAACUGCGCCGGCCUGCACGUCCCGUCAGCCCUGAAGCUCAGCCUGCUGGAAUCGGAAAUGGCAAGGCGCUCUUGUUGUGCUCCUGAAAUCGCUGGCAACGUGCCCAAGGCACCUAGGCAGUCUUCCUGGAGGCCCUGGAAGUAG